AUGGAAGAAAGACUCGAAAACAAUGCGGACGGAACAGCGCAGAAGAGCAUAUUUCCCCAACCCGUCAGGCACUUGGCUGGACAUGAUGCAACGACAACGAACCUAGACGCAGUGGUUAAUGCCACACCCGAUAUGCCGUCUAUCUCACAAGACUCAGCUUUGGCCCUUUGGGAUACGAUUAAGGACAAGCUGGGGCUCCAGGAUCAACAUCAACCACCAAUUCCACUUCCUAUAGUACCCGAGGCACGUUUUGACAGCAAAGAUCUCGAGGAGAGCCCCAAGUGUCACGAAAAGACUAGACCGGACGUGCGGAAUGAGAUUCAGCAGUGUGUUGAUGAUGCCAAUGAGAAGAUCUCUCUCCGAGACCAGUUCGACACACUUAUCUACAAGCCGCUGAGUUCUAUUCAAUGCGGUCUGAGGAGUAUGCUCAUCAUUAUUGAUGGACUUGACGAGUGCACGAGACCUAACGAUAUUCCAUUGAUGCUGAAGCUAUUUGCCAGUUUGAGGGAUGUGAAUGGCAUUCGACUCCGUGUGCUUCUCACCAGCCGACAGACUCGUCCACUCACCAAUGCCUUCACCCCCUUUGUAAAUGCUGCCACCGGUCGAGAUAUGGCACUGCACGAGGAGUUUCUGGAAGUCACUCGACUAGAGACGAGGAUAGUUCUCACAGAUGGUUUGGCAGAUAUCAAGCUAGACCAGAUAUACGAGCUGAUCAUGAGCUCUAUCUUGGCAGGAGAAGGAGAUGAUGACAUCCCAGAGCCAUUAGACGAGGAUGAACUUCUCGAUCUCCAACUUAUUGUAGGGUCCCUUGUUCUUCUACUCACCCCCCUCCCAACCAGAGCCCUGCAGAGCCUCCUCUCCGUGGACGAGGAUAGAUUCAACACCAUCCUAGACGCUCUACAUGCAGUCGUUCGCGUACCUGACGAUGAAUGUCCCGUUGAAUUGAUACACAAAUCAUUUGCAGACUAUGUUCUUGGAAAUGAGACCCCAGGAACCUUCAACAUCGACCAGUCAAAAACACACGAUAUAGUAGCAGAACGAUGCAUCAACCGAAUGCCGCGAGGACUGCGCAAGAACAUUUGCAAUGUCGGCGCUCCGUUAAUCAUGUCACACGAGUUCGACCAAGAGACCGUUGCAAGAUCUGUUCCCCCUGACCUUGCGUAUGCUUGCAUGUACUGGGUAUACCAUACAGAACGAGGCCGUAAUGCUGUUGACCUGUUCAGAAGUACCCUCUUCAAGUCUACGGUUUACCCAGAAAGCAAAGCGAAACAACUCUUUGCUCAAUCUCGAGCCACACUACUAGCAAGUAUCGCCGGUAUCUAUGGUGGGUUGACCUUACGGCCAGAUUCCUGGGAUAAAACAAGGAUAUACGAACCACGUGCCGUUGCAAUCUCCCCGGAUGGCAAAACCCUUGCAGCAUGUAGUCAUGGGCAAAUAAUAGUUGCUGAUGUAGCAACAGGAGUUUUCUAUGGCUGCUGGUUUAAGCGGCAACAUGUUAUACAUUGGGAUUUCCAAAAUGGCAGUCACUCUAUCAUCAAAAGCAGGCAAUUGCUUAAGAAGACUGAAAUGAUCGGAGGAAAGGUAUUCAACAGCAUAGCUAACGUUUCCCUUUCUGUGAAAGGCCCUACCGAUUGGACAGUUGCAUUAAUCGAUGAGCGUGGAGCGAUCUUCGUUUGGUUCGGAUCUCAAAAGGUUACAAGCGAAUUAUCUUACAUCGAGGCACACCAGAUUAGACAAGGUUUCUAUCAAGUCGCAAUAUCAGUAAUGCGGAUCCAUCAUCGCAUCUAG